UACUUUGACCUUCAUCAUUGUUUCUUCUCCCUCAAUAAGCACAUUCUUCUCACAUUUAAUCGUUAUAUAAUCAAAAGCUCAACCGGAUUAUACCAAUCAAUUUUGAAAAAUCGGUGAAUAUUAGAAAAUGGGGAGGUUUCCGAGAAUGGCGGAGGCGUUUGAUCAGGUAGCGGCAAAGGUACGGGAUUGCGACAGCAGCGGUAGCGAGCACUCGCCGGAGACGAUGAUGGAUCUGUCUGAUUUGGUUAAUUCGUUCAUCGAGAACGGUAAUGGCUUUGUCGAUAGUGAAUUUGAUUCGAGAAUUGCUGAUGAAUAUUGUACUUUUGAUGGAAUUGACGAGGAUUUGGAGGAGAUGAAGGAAUCAUUGAACAGAUUGUUUCGCUUCGAAUAUGGUGAUGAUGUGAGAAAAAAAUUGGUUUUCGAUGUUGAGAAAGCAUGGCACGCCAUGACCGAAGAUAGGUCUUCGCCACCAUCGUUGGCGGUUAAACGUCAACUGAUGGCUCGUCUGCGUGAUCAGGGUCUCGACGCCGGUCUUUGCAAAUCGAAGUGGGAAAAGAAAGGGCGGCUUCUCGCCGGAGAUUACGAAUACGUCGAUGUAAAUGUCGGAGGAAUUCGUUACAUAAUCAUUAUAUCUCUUCGAGAGGAAUUCAAGAUAGCUAGGCCGACUGAUAACUACACUUCGGUGCUCGAGAUUCUCCCUCGAGUUUCAGUUUGUACUAUUGAAGAAUUGAAAGAGACGGUGAGGAUCAUAUGCAAAGCUAUCAAGAAAUCAAUGAACCAAAUGAAGAUGGCGGUGCCGCCAUGGAGGCGGCGUGAGUACGUUCAAGCUAAAUGGUUCGGAUCUUACAAACGAACCACAAACGAAUUUUCGACAAAAGACACCAUAAAUUUGAACGAAAACAAGACGAAAAUUGUUGGGUUCGUUUCAUUGCAUACAACUUGGUAUGGUAGGCGUAAAGAGGAUUUUGCUAGGAAGGAUAAAAUUGGGAAUUUGGCCAUGGCCAUAAACGGAGCAAGCUAAGCAAUUAUUUGUGAAUAAUUCUUAUUUUAUUAAUUUAAAAGUCGGAGUUAUUCAUGAAAACAACUCUUUUAUCUUUUGAAGUAAAGAAGGAGUUUAUAUAGAUUUACUUUUGAAGUCAAUGAGAUAUAUUGAGUUAAUUUGGUUUC